GUUCUUACAUCCUUUUUUUCACUCCUUUUUUGGUGUGAGAACAGGUUCAACUCUUAUUUAAGCUCCGCUGGUGUGUCAUUCCGUUCUAUUUCGGGCUUCCUCCAAAUCUGCGUCCUUCUCUCGUCCCAUUCCUCCCUCCUGCGGCUCUUAUCUGAUCGACUGUCUUGUCGUAUUGGCCAGUACUGCUCGACCGCAGCCACUGUGUUGAUCUUGAGCGACUCGGACAAUAUAUUAGCCUAGGUCUCUUAUUGUACCUCUCCAGUGGUUUUGUCUUUCUCGGGUCUAUACCUCUACAAGGCUAGAAUGGCCACAGCUGAGGGCCCCGCAAGGGCGCAUGAUCGCAAUGGACGCCGCCGCCCAUUUUCUAGCUGGAUGAAACGACUCGCCAACCUCAAAAGCUCUGCCGACUCAGGGAGCACUCGUUGGUCUAACAAACGCCAUGCUCUACCCAAACACAAACGGAGCCUGAAGAACAAUCCCUACCCGCUUUCCGGCGCAGUCGAAAUACAUGAAUACAAUAGUGACAACAGCCGGUCCGAUCUAAGUGAUAGUAAUGGACAAAGAUCCUGUUCACAGAGCGAGCCCUCCCUAGCAUAUUCCGGGUGCGACAUCCAAGUGCCGGCUACGAGUGCCAAGUCUACCGCUCCGACCAUCUCCACCAACGGUGAUACAGUAAUCUCAGAGGCCGCAUAUUCCAAAACAGGAACGAUGGCAACCGCGGGCGGUGGAAUUAGUUCAAACGGGGGUGGUGAAGGGAGCACCUUCUCCUCCCCAGCACCAUCGGUACGGUCGCUCACCACUACGUUGACAACCGUGCAGUCGGCGGCGCCUUCCGGUCAUCUCUAUAACGCACAGAACGCGCAUCACGGUAUACACCAUACGAACUCGAUGCAUAGCACUACGACACAACAGGUGCAGUUUUCACACCAAUUUCCUCCUUCUCCGGCCACUGCAGUGCCGCCCCACCUUGUCCCUCACAGCCACUCCAUUACUUACAAUACUGCGACCGCAAAUAACCUUUUAACCGACAACGCCUCUAUUCUGACUCUGGCCUCCUCUUCUAAGAGACGUCGACGUAACUCGUUAGAUACCAAUGCCUCAAUACGCGCCCUCGCCCCAUCGAGCGUUUUCGGUGGUAGCCGGGAAAGUCUGCCGUUAAGUGUAUUGAGCGGAAACGUUGGAGAGCCGUCGAAUACAUCCACAUUCAAUGCAACCGGAGUUCUGAACCGACCGAGUAUCGUUGGCCUAGCUAGCGCCGAGCGGAUCAGCAUCUACUCCGCCUCUGGCGCAACAGCUCUAGGUGGAGGCGGUGAGCGCGGGAGCCUGUAUGCGAACAAGCAAAGUCCAGGCGUUGACGGUGCUAGUGUGACGAGUGCAGGCCAGACACACAGUCGGCAUGACAGUAACGCGGCGAGCAUCUCCGGUAUUGGCGGAACAUUGACCAAUCCUAUGUCCACUGGGCGUAUCAGCCAUCGAGGUUCAGGAUGGGGAGAAAUCACGGGCGAUGAGAGUGACGAGGAUAAGCUGAGAGACGAAAAACAAGAUGAAGAGCUAGAGACCAAGCCUGAAGCAUCGAUUGAGGCGAAAAAGGACUAGGUCAUGACUGAUGGUUGUUCCCGGUUGUGCAAUUGGGACGAUCUGAGACGAUGUUACGCCGAUACUCAAGGGACUGAACUUCCAUGUAUAAUUUCCUUUCACAUGAUGAUUAAUGCAGAGGGUCAGGUAGAGAACCAUUCAUGAGGGAGUUGGUCUGGAGUUUGAAUCUUUUCUUUUAUUUUCUUUUAUUUAUUUUUUUUUCUUGUUUUUGUUUUAUGAUAAUUCUCCGGAUGGUGACAGGGUAUUUGGAUGGGCUGGUGAUGGGUUUGAUAUCCCCUGCAACUUUGUUUAUUUUUAUUUUUAUUUUUUUUAAGUCCGGUACAAUGUUGGCUCCGUAACGCAAUGGAGCUACAAAUGCAACCUUGGAACAGAA